AUGGGAAACAGUAUGCGAGGCAGACUGGUCCGAUGCAUACUGAGAAAUUUCCCCGAAUCAAUACGACAUCCGGGGAGUUUUUGCAUACUGCAGAUUUUGCUCUUUUUCACUUACUACUUACUACAUACUGAAUUUUGGCCAAAUCAGUACGUACUGCCAGUAUAGUAGGCGGUUUCGGAAACAGUCGGAGGGCUGUUGCAUUCUGACCUUACCAAGAUGGCGACUUGAAGAAGUCGACAACUUCCGGUCGUGCCCCCGAAUGCUUUGUUGACCUUCCAUGCAUGGCGUGCUUCUUUAGAAAUUUGCAGAAAAACAAACAAAGUAACAAAGAGGACAAGAGGAUCGGAUAAGGCAGAUAUGGAGGAAGACAUGGGGGAUAUGCCAGCCAGAGAAGAUGACAAUGACUCAGAUGGAGAUGAAGAUGACAGACUGUUUGCAUGGGUGAUACAUGACGAUAUGGAUGAGGAUGAAGAUGAUGAAGAGAUAGAGGAGGAGGAGGUGGAAGAUGAACAGCCUUUGGAUACUGAAGCAUCAGAGUCGUUUGAGUUGGAUUCUCCAGCUGAGCGCAGCGGUCACAUAGCAGUUAUUGACAGAAAUGUCAUGUAUGUGUGGGGUGGAUACAAGAAUGCUCAAAACCACGGAUUCUUUGACUUGUAUCUGCCACGCAAUGAGAUCUGGACAUACAACAUGGAGUCAGGAGCAUGGACAAAGCAUGUUGCUGGAGGAAACCUGCACACAUCCAUGUCAGGCAGCUGUGGGGUGUGUGUUGAUGGAGUCCUCUAUCUAUUUGGAGGCCACCAUGCAAGGGGAAACACAAACAGGAUCUACCGCCUGCCUCUGAGAGCUCCCAGCCUUGUUUGGGAGGAGAUGAGGGAUCUUAAAGGAUUGCCUCCAUCCUGCAAGGACAAGCUAGGGUGCUGGGUUCAGAAAAACAGGCUCAUAUUCUUUGGAGGCUAUGGCUACGCUGCACAGGGUCUUCAUCGAGGGACUUUUGAAUACGAUGAAUCAUCCUCACUUGUGUGGGACAGCCCUGGGCGAGGCUGGAACAACCACAUCCAUGUCCUGGACCUUGAAACAUCUACAUGGAGCCAGCCAAUCACAACGGGGAACACACCAUCGCCUAGAGCAGCUCAUGCCUGUGCCACAGUUGGUAACAGGGGAUACGUGUUUGGAGGACGAUACAAGAACUACAGACUUAAUGACCUGUACUACAUCGACCUGGACACAUGGGAGUGGCAUGAAAUGAGCGUUCCUCAGCAUGGUCCUGUGGGCCGCUCUUGGCACUCCUUCACCCCUGUGUCACCAGACCACAUCUACUUAUUCGGAGGUUUCACCACAGAAAGAGAGACACUGAGUGAUGCUUGGCUGUACUAUGUGAGCAAAAAUGAAUGGAAGCCAUUCAAACACAGUCACAUAGAGAGACCAAGGCUGUGGCACACAGCAUGCUCCGGUCCUGACGGGGAGGUGUUUGUGUUUGGAGGAUGUGCCAACAACCUGUUGUCUCAUCAAAGAGCUGCUCACAGCAAUGAGCUACUGGUGUUCAACGUUCAGCCAAAAUCACUAGUGAGGUUCUGCAUUGAGGCCGUUCUGCAGCACAGGGACCGUUUGUCAGGUUACUGGGACUGCUUACCUAAACACCUUCUGCACAGCCUCAAACAGAGGAUGUCACGUGUCAACACACUGGGCUCAUAGGCAUUAAUGAAGGUAAACAAUAGAGCGUGUAUGUAUGGAAGAGAUGAAUGCCACGUCAAGCAGGUAGUCCAUUUAAAGCAUUAGCUUUAUGUGUGUAGAUACUUGCAUACAUGAAAAAAAAAUUUAAGCAAUAUUGAACGGCAGUGAAACUGCAUUAAAGGGUCCUGACUGGCACAGUGAGGACUACAGGUGUCCUUAAAGCUGUUUACUGUUUGUUUUCUGUGUUUAUUUUCUUGUACAUUACUACUUGCAAAGCCAGUAGGCCCUUUUUAGUGUGGUGGCAGUACAGGUGUCGUACCCAUAUGAGAGAAAUCUCAAGCAACUUCUAGAUUCUUAUUUAUUCCACUCAUCAGCCAGAUAAUGAAGAGAAAAGCCCAGCUUCAUAUUUCAGGAUUAGCACCAAAAGAAAUCUUCUGAGAGAAAGCAUAUUUGUGGGUGUAAAAUUAGGGUUUGGUAAGGGGGCAGGACUUAAGUUUCUUUUCCUUUCCUCCUGCUGGCUUAUUGAAAACAUCUCGUAGGUCACCCCGCUGGUCCAAAAUUUGACCAACUUAAAAAGUGUCUUAACACUAAAUGCAAAGCUUUUAUUUUUUUGCUUUGAUAGUGAAUAUUUUUUUAUUUUGGGGAGUCUGUUGCUUUUUGGAUUUCCUUCAGCUAUUUGGCACAUCUAGGAGGGUUUAAAUUCUCAGACCUAAAACUAGUGCUUUAUCACAUAAGACUAUCUACUCUGAAGCCACAGAAAUGUUGAUUUUUACUUUUAUUUAUGUGUAGUAAUUUAUAUAUUUGUGAGGAAAUGUGACUGUGUUCCAAAAAAGGCAUUCAGAGCCGGAAAAAUUCUCAUGGGUUGCUCCUGUAGCAUUUGAAUUUAAUUUAAUAAAUAACUUACAAUGCGAGUGUGUUGGAUGUUGAGCCACACUGCACUGAAAUGCUUAACGUCAGUGGGGCUUUGUUUGUAUUUGCCUGGUUUGCACAAUGUUCCCUUGGUGUUUUUUAUUGUGGAAUACAAUGUGUGAUGUUACUUUGUACUCAAAGAAUAAACGCAUACAAUAAGUGA